UGUUCUUCCAGGCGUUCGAUGUGGCAUCGCUGAACCUGCUGCAGCUCGGCAUCAGCUGCCGCUACACGGGCUACGUACAACCGCACCUGCACUUCACCCUCUUCCCGCAAUACAGCUGCGCGAAGGCGCCACACAUCCUGCACGCCAUUGUGUCCGGGCUGUGCCUGAUGCUGUUCGUGGCCAUUGCGCUGCUGCUCAACAUGGCAGAGGUUGAGGUUAACCCCAAGUCGCGACGACCGCUUGCUCUCGGUCACAGUGGGGCGGAGGUGGCGGCAUUCGCCAUCAAGGUGCUACUAACGCUGGUGAAUGUCUUCUUUGGCUGGAGGCGUGUGGCCGCUUGCUUCUACCUGGUGCUCUCACUGGCUCUAGCCUACCAGUACCUACGCUGGAGCCCCCACCUUGUGGCCUGGGUCAACUACCUGAAGACCGGCGUGUCUACCACAGUCGUCUGGUGUGCAGCAACACUCAUGCUGCUGGUGUUCGAGCCGGGGGUGAAGCAGCAGGAUCGGGACCACUGGUCAAAAUUGACGACUGUGCUGAUGCUGUCGGGACUGGCGCCUGCUUUUGGAGCCGGCGUGCUGAUGUCACAUGGCAUAAUUCGUCGCAUGACUGGCGGGGCAAUCAAGUCUGUUACUAACGCCAAGCCGGAAUGCCAAGGAAAGGACUUACUGGACUUGAACGACCCACGGGACAUCGAAAUUGUCGCGAGAUGCUGCCGCGUAUGGAAGGACAUGUAUACGCUCGAUCCUGACGGCGUAAAUAAAGCCCUUCAGCUCAUCCAGGCUGGCCUGGCCAUGUUCCCCGCCAGCGCCUACAUGGUCCUGCUGCAUGCCAACUUCAUGAUCGAUGUGCUGGGGGUCAGCCAGAGCGGCAGCCGCCGUAUUGAGGAUGCGAGGAAGCUAAAUCCUGGAGUCAUGUGCCGCUUCAUGAUGUUUGUACGACAACAGCAAGCCACGCAAAAAGCUGCAGGUCACAGCGCCAAUGACGGAGCUAAUAUGGACCUCCUGGGCUAUGUGGAGUAUCAGCGCAAGCAACGCAUGGUACUGAGGUUGCACCGGGAGGCGCUGCAGGCCAUGUGCAAUUUUUGGAAAGCACUGGACGUCUCGACGGUGUCAUUCACGCAGCUGAGCAAAGCGCUGGGCAAGAUUGAGAGCUCCGUCUCGCAGGCUCAGGCGGCGUACCGUGUCGUGCUUGAGAGCUACGGCAACAACCCCAAGCUUGUGCGCCUGUACGGCAAGUUCCUACAAAACAUCAAGAACGACCCAUGGGGUGCGUCGGAGUAUUUUGCUCAGGCUGAUCGCCUGGAGGAGAUAAAAAACACCGUCUCUGAUGGCCCGCUGCUGCCAGAUGGCACUCCGCUGGGCCGCAUGGACGAGAUGGACGUGGCGGUGCUGGUGCUCAAUUCCACGGGGGAGAUCCAAAUGG